AUGGCGGAAGCGGAAUUUAAGGACCACAGUACAGCUAUGGAUAGUGAACCAAACUCUGGAACAUCAUCUGUGUCGACAACAACCAGUAGCACUACCACUACCACCAUCACCACUUCCUCCUCUCGAAUGCAGCAGCCACAGAUCUCCGUCUACAGUGGCUCAGACCGACAUGCUGUACAGGUAAUUCAACAGGCAUUGCAUCGCCCCUCCAGCUCAGCUGCUCAGUACCUUCAGCAAAUGUAUGCAGCUCAGCAGCAGCACUUAAUGCUGCACACUGCAGCUCUUCAGCAGCAGCACUUAAGCAGCUCCCAGCUUCAGAGCCUUGCUGCCGUUCAGGCAAGUUUGUCCAGUGGAAGACCAUCUACAUCCCCCACAGGAAGUGUCACACAACAGUCAAGUAUGUCUCAGACAUCUAUCAACCUCUCCACUUCUCCUACACCUGCACAGUUAAUAAGCCGUUCCCAGGCUUCCAGUUCUACCAGCGGCAGUAUUACCCAACAGACUAUGUUACUAGGGAGUACCUCCCCUACCCUAACUGCAAGCCAAGCUCAAAUGUAUCUCCGAGCUCAAAUGCUGAUUUUCACACCCGCUACCACUGUGGCUGCUGUACAGUCUGACAUUCCUGUUGUCUCGUCGUCAUCGUCAUCUUCCUGUCAGUCUGCAGCUACUCAGGUUCAGAAUUUAACAUUACGCAGCCAGAAGUUGGGUGUGUUAUCUAGCUCACAGAAUGGUCCACCAAAAAGCACUGGUCAAACUCAGUCAUUGACAAUUUGUCAUAACAAAACAACAGUAACCAGUUCUAAAAUCAGCCAACGAGAUCCUUCUCCAGAAAGUGUUAGAAAAGGAGAAAGUCCAAGUCUGGAAUCACGAAGCACAGCUGUCACCCGGACGUCAAGUAUUCACCAGUUAAUAGCACCAGCUUCAUAUCCUCCAAUUCAGCCUCAUCCUCUAAUAAAGCAUCAACAGAUUCCUCUUCAUUCACCACCUUCCAAGGUUUCCCAUCAUCAGCUGAUACUACAACAGCAGCAGCAGCAAAUGCAGCCAAUUACACUCCAAAAUCCAACUCAAGAUCCACCCCCAUCCCAGCACUGUAUACCACUCCAAAACCAUGGCCUUCCUCCCAGUAAUGCCCCGUCACAGCAUUGUUCACCAAUUCAGAGUCAUCCCCCUCCUUUAACAAUGUCUCCUAGCCAGUCACAGUCAGCACAGCAGUCGGUGGUGGUGUCUCCUCCACCACCUCAUUCACCAAGUCAGUCUCCUACCAUAAUUAUUCAUCCGCAAGCACUUAUUCAGCCACACCCUCUUAUGUCAUCCGCUCUCCAGCCGGGGACAAACUUGCAACAGUCCACUGCUAAUCAGGUGCAGCCAACAGCGCAGCUGAAUCUUCCAUCCCAUCUUCCACUUUCAGCUUCCCCUGUUGUACACAUUGGCCCCGUUCAGCAGUCCGCCUUGGUGUCCCCAGGUCAGCAGAUUGUGUCUCCAACAUCACACCAGCAAUAUUCAGCCCUGCAGUCCUCUCCAAUCCCAAUUGCUACUCCUCCGCAGAUGUCAACAUCUCCUCCAGCUCAGAUUCCACCACUACCCUUACAGUCUAUGCAAUCUUUACAAGUGCAGCCUGAAAUUCUAUCCCAGGGCCAGGUUUUAGUACAGAAUGCUUUGGUGUCAGAAGAGGAGCUUCCAGCUGCAGAAGCUUUGGUCCAGUUGCCAUUUCAGACUCUUCCUCCUCCACAAACUGUUGCGGUAAACCUACAAGUACAACCACCAGCACCUGUUGAUCCACCAGUGGUUUACCAAGUGGAAGAUAUGUGUGAAGAAGAAAUGCCAGAAGAGUCAGAUGAAUGUAUUCGCAUGGACAGAACCCCACCACCACCCACAUUGUCUCCAGCAGCUAUAACUGUGGGGAGAGAAGAUUUAACUUCUGACCACCCUUUGUUAGAGGAAGUGGAAUUACCUGCUGUGGCAUCAGUCAGCGCUUCAGUAAUUAAAUCUCCUUCAGACCCAUCACAUGUUUCUGUUCCUCCUCCUCCACUCCUACUUCCAGCUGCUACCACAAGGAAUAAUAUUACAUCUCUGCCCCAUAGCAUCCCCAAUAUAGAAAACAAACCUCCACAGGCCAUUGUUAAACCACAGAUCUUGACCCAUGUUAUUGAAGGCUUUGUAAUUCAAGAGGGAUUGGAGCCAUUUCCUGUGAGUCGUUCAUCUUUGCUAAUAGAACAACCUGUGAAAAAAAGGCCUCUCUUGGAUAAUCAGGUGAUAAAUUCUGUGUGUGUUCAGCCAGAGCUACAGAAUAAUACAAAGCAUGCAGAUAAUUCAUCUGACACAGAGUUGGAAGACAUGAUUGCUGAAGAGACAUUAGAAGAAAUGGACAGUGAGUUGCUGAAGUGUGAAUUCUGUGGGAAGAUGGGAUAUGCUAAUGAAUUUCUGCGAUCAAAACGAUUCUGCACUAUGUCAUGUGCCAAAAGGUACAAUGUUAGCUGUUCUAAAAAAUUUGCACUUAGUCGUUGGAAUCGUAAGCCUGAUAAUCAAAGUCUUGGGCAUCGUGGUCGUCGUCCAAGUGGCCCUGAUGGGGCAGCAAGAGAACAUAUCCUUAGGCAGCUUCCAAUUACUUAUCCAUCUGCAGAAGAAGACUUGGCUUCUCAUGAAGAUCCUGUACCAUCUGCUAUGACAACACGUCUGCGCAGGCAGAGCGAGCGGGAAAGAGAGCGUGAGCUCCGAGAAGUGAGGAUUAGGAAAAUGCCUGAGAACAGUGACUUGCUACCAGUUGCACAAACAGAGCCCUCUAUAUGGACGGUUGAUGAUGUCUGGGCCUUCAUUCAUUCUUUGCCUGGCUGCCAGGAUAUUGCAGAUGAGUUCAGAGCACAAGAGAUUGAUGGACAGGCCCUUCUCUUGCUAAAAGAAGACCAUCUUAUGAGUGCAAUGAAUAUCAAGCUUGGCCCUGCCCUAAAGAUCUGUGCACGCAUCAACUCUCUGAAGGAAUCUUAA